AGUGUCUUCUGGGAAAAAAAAACAUGGCAGCGCCGUCCCGUAAAGUGUUUGAGGUGUUUGUAUCAAAAGUGCCAUGGACAGUUGCUGUCAAGGAGAUGAGGGAGUACUUCGGACAAUUUGGACAGGUCAAGAGGUGUCUGCUGCCAUUUGAUAAAGACACCGGCUUCCACAGAGGCUUCUGCUGGGUGAGCUUCAGCACCGAGGAGGGAUUGAGCAACGCGCUGCAGAAAGAGCCACACAUCCUGGAGGGGUCAAAGCUUCAGGUGCAGAAGAACAGACGCCCGUUUGGACGCAAAUCCAACAACAACAACGGAUUUGACUGAAACUCUGUUUGGGUCCCGAUGACCGCCUGGAAAAGUCUGUGUGUCUUUGUGUGUACAGCCAUGAUUAUUUAUUGUAACCAGUGAAAAUGGAAUACAAUAAAAGAGUAACAUUUGUGUUUCAUGUCUGUUCUGGUUGUUUUCUUAUAUGAAUAAAAAUGGGCUAUGAUGAA